AAUUCCAAGACCUAGACUUUGAAAGUCAAGUCGACCCCUUCUUGUUCUUCUUCUAACCCAACCCAGCAUCAUAGGCAACUUCAAAGCAGCUCAAACUCAAACUCACAGGCAUCACAGGCAACACUAUUUAUUUUAUUAACCAGAGAAACUGAUUGCCAUGGCGAAGAGUGAGAUAAAGCUUCUCGGUGUAUGGGCCAGCCCGUAUGUGAAUCGGGUUCAAAUAGCCCUCAACUUGAAGUCGGUCGACUACGAGUUCCUAGAAGAGAGAUUUGACAACAAGAGCGAGCUGCUGCUCAAAUCCAAUCCGGUUUACAAGAAAGUCCCGGUUCUGAUCCAUGAUGAUAAGCCUGUUUGUGAGUCUCUUAUCAUAGUACAGUACAUAGAUGAAGUGUGGACUUGUGGUGGCUCUAUUCUCCCUUGUGAUCCGUACGAUCGAGCCACUGCCCGCUUCUGGGCUGCCUAUAUUGAUGAUAAGUGGCAUCCUCUGAUGAGGGAGCUCGGAACAGCGGAGGGAGAGGAAGCAAAAGCGGCAAUAUUUGAGAAAGUAAAGGAAGCGAUGGUUGUGCUGGAGGAGGCCUUCACUAAGUGCAGCAAAGGAAGCGGUUUCUUCGGAGGGGAAAGAAUUGGGUAUGUUGACAUCGCAUUUGGGUCUUUCUUGGGGUGGCUGAAGGCGGGGGAGAAGAUGGAGGGUCUAAAGCUGUUAGAUGAGGCGGCGACGCCGGGGCUGGCGGCAUGGUCGGAGAGGUUCUGUUCACACGAGGCUGUGAAGGGUGUCAUUCCGGAGACUGAGAGGCUCCUUGAGCUAGCUCACAUUAUUAAACAAGCCAGGCUUAAAGCCGAAGCCCAAUCUGCUCCAAAUUAACUUGCUCUCUCCCUCUCUCUUUACUGUCUCGAUUUUAUGGUGUUCUAUGUUUCUUUUUACUUCUUGGCUUUCAGUUUAUUGUAUGAGUGAUCCUGAACCCCGUCACUAUGGGUUGUAUUGUAAUCCAUCAGGAAUUCGAUAAAGAUAAAUAAUAAAUAAUAAUACAUUACAA